AACUUCUAAAAGGAGAAAGAAAAUGUUGGGAUUAAAAAUGAGUUUCAGGAGCGUUUAAUAUUCCUUCUGUAUCCUGAGCAAUGCUUUGUUGUGUUUCCUUCCAGCGGUUUCUAAACAAAAUCCAUACAAUUAUUAAUAAAAUGGUAGAACAUUUAAAAAAAAAUGUCGGAUUAUAUCCCUGUGGUGUAAUCUAGAAGCUAAUUCUCAUUCUCUAGUCUGGAUUUUCAGGAAUACGGAGGCUGCCUCUUUGCCGAAAAAGUGAAGUUUCUAAGGUCAUAGGAAAUUCUUAAACAGAAAAAUUUAAGUAGAUUCAUGUAAAAGAAAAAAAUGCAUCUUGGUGUCUGAUCUUGCACACUUUGUGGAAGAUUUUUAAACCACACAAAUUAGAACCUCUGGUUGGUCUUCGGAAGCACGGGGAGGAAAUUCAAAAAUAAUUUACAGGUCCUUCCACCCGAGUCUGAAGUCGCUUUCUCUCCGGCUGAACGAAAGCUACGGGACUCGGGAUCCGCGUGCGGCCAGCCUGCCAGCGCCAGCGGAAGGCCCAAGCUGUCCCCAGACUGUGAGGAGAGCGAGAUGCGGAAAGAUGCGUUAUAAAACGCUUCAUUCCUGGAAAAGAAAAAGUGUACCCAAAGGCAACGCCUGAUUUCUGCAGAGGUAUCCAGGGUACCUUUGAAAGAAAGUGCAUGCAAAUUCAAAGUUUCGAAAUAGUUUCAGCACUGUUCAGUUGAGCGUAUGGUUAUUUUUUCCGUUUUUGUUUGUUUUACCUUUAAAAUUACGUUAAUUCCCUUUGAUUUAAAUACUUACGAGCUGCCUAUCACAUACAUAUCAAGGGUUUAUAGAGCUACUGCCCUCAACAAGGUUUCCGUAGUGUAGUGGUUAUCACGUUCGCCUAACACGCGAAAGGUCCCCGGUUCGAAACCGCGCGGAAACAACCUUUCCUUUUUCGAUUGGGACUGGUGUUCUAACCUAUAAUUACUAUAAAUUAUUCUGAUCCCUCAAAGACAUGAUGUGAUAGCAACUUGCAGAAUUUUUUGAGCUUUCAAUUUGAAUGUUACUUUAUUCGUUUACCAAAGGAUUUUACUGAAGGCUUGACAUGCGAAUGAUGUGCCCCAGGUUUAAAACAAUGAAUUCGACUCACAAUCUUAAUAUUGAAAAAUAAUGUAGACUAAAAGUGGAUAUCAAACACAGUGUAAGAAUGGGCGCUUCUUGAACAUUCUUUUUAUGUCACUUGGGUUUUCGUAGUUUUCCCCUCGAGAUUGCAUUUUUCCCUAAACUCCGGGAGACCAUAUUUUAUUCCUAUUCUACACAGUCAUGCGUGAUACCUAAGUUCAUAAAAAUUUCUGAAUUAAUUAUCGAAAAGGGCACCUACAAAAAAAAUGUAAUCAGAAAGAACAUAAUACUCAGAAAGAUGAAAUCAAGAAAAAAAUAGCCUCAAAUUUUUCCUUAUAAAAAUACGGCUAUGGUUUUUAUUCAAAACCAUUCUUAGAGAACAAAGGACUUUAUAAAUAGAGCAAGGAGAAAAAUACGUUAAGGAGUGAAGAGAUGAAUAAAGUCGAGGGAAGAUUCCUUGCAGUCCUGACACACAACUUUUAACAAGAAAAAAUGUUGAAGUUCUGGUUUUCUGAGAGUUUAUAAUGUCCGCGGGUACUGGGGAAGAAUCCACUCUAACAUACCAACACGACUUAUUUUUUCUGAUACUUUUGUAUAUUACAAAGAAAACUGGUAUCUUAUCCUUCAAAUUCUGAAAUCGAUAUAAAUAAUUUUAUAAAAAUUUGUCUAGUCCAGACGCAGGAAAACCUUUUCCGGUAUAAAGCCCACCUUCCUCUAACGUUGCGCAUGCCCAGCGUGCCCAACUGCUUGGCUUCGCUUUCGUGCAUCUCAGACUUCUAUCACCAGAGCCUCCUGCGUUGCUACGGGAUGACAAAGCCGGACGUGACGCCGCGGUGGAGGAAGAAGGGAGAGGCGGAGCGAAGCGCGGUGACGUCCUCCCAAGAUGGCGGAGAGACUGUGAAGAAACUGUGUUCCCCCCUUGGUUUGCUAUCGAUCUCGGGUGAAAUUCCAUUCUGAUAUCAAAAUGCAGUAUUCACACCACUGUGAACACCUUUUAGAGAGACUGAACAAACAACGGGAAGCAGGUUUUCUUUGUGACUGCACCAAAGUGAUUGGGGAAUUCCAGUUUAAAGCUCAUAGGAAUGUGCUCGCCUCGUUUAGUGAGUAUUUUGGUGCAAUCUACAGAAGCACUUCUGAGAACAAUGUCUUUCUUGAUCAGAGUCAGGUGAAGGCUGAUGGAUUUCAGAAAUUGUUGGAGUUUAUAUAUACAGGAACUUUAAAUCUUGACAGUUGGAAUGUUAAAGAAAUUCAUCAGGCUGCUGACUAUCUCAAAGUGGAAGAGGUGGUCACUAAAUGUAAAAUAAAGAUGGAAGAUUUUGCUUUUAUUGCUAAUCCCUCUUCUACAGAGUUGUCUAGUAUUACUGGAAACAUUGAAUUGAAUCAACAGACUUGUCUUCUUACUCUACGAGAUUACAACAAUCGGGAAAAAUCAGAAGUAUCUACAGAUUUAGUUCAGGCAAAUCCUAAACAAGGAGCUUUAGCAAAGAAGUCAUCUCAAAGUAAAAAGAAAAAGAAGUCUUUCAACUCCCAGAAAACAGGGCAGAAUAAAACAGUGCAAUAUCCCAGUGACAUUUUAGAGAAUGCAUCUGUUGAAUUAUUCUUAGAUACAAAUAAAUUGUCCGCACCCAUAGUAGAACAAGUUACACAAAGAAAUGAUAAUUCAGAACUCGAAUUGACAUCAGUUAUGGAAAAUACUUUUCCAGCACAAGAUAUUGUGCAAACUGUUACAAUGAAACGGAAACGAGGAAAAUCACAGCCAAACUGUGCUCUGAAAGAACACUCUAUGUCUAAUAUAGCCAGUGUCAAGAGUCCUUAUGAGUUGGAGAACUCUGGGAAAGAGCUGGAUCAGAGGUAUUCCAAGGCCAAGCCAAUGUGUAACACAUGUGGGAAAGUGUUUUCAGAAGCCAGCAGCUUGAGAAGGCACAUGAGAAUACAUAAAGGAGUCAAACCUUAUGUCUGCCACUUGUGUGGAAAGGCAUUUACCCAGUGUAACCAGCUGAAAACGCAUGUAAGAACUCAUACAGGUGAGAAGCCAUACAAAUGUGAAUUGUGUGAUAAAGGAUUUGCUCAGAAAUGCCAGCUAGUCUUCCAUAGUCGCAUGCAUCAUGGUGAGGAAAAACCCUAUAAAUGUGAUGUAUGCAAUUUACAAUUUGCAACUUCUAGCAAUCUCAAGAUUCAUGCAAGGAAGCAUAGUGGAGAGAAGCCAUAUGUCUGUGAUAGGUGUGGACAGAGAUUUGCCCAAGCCAGCACCCUGACCUAUCACGUCCGUAGGCAUACUGGAGAAAAACCUUACGUGUGUGAUACGUGUGGGAAGGCAUUUGCUGUCUCUAGUUCUCUUAUCACUCAUUCUCGAAAACAUACAGGUGAAAAACCAUACAUAUGUGGUAUUUGUGGGAAAAGUUUUAUUUCCUCAGGAGAGCUCAACAAACACUUUCGAUCCCAUACAGGAGAAAGACCAUUUAUCUGUGAAUUAUGUGGAAAUUCUUAUACAGAUAUCAAAAAUUUAAAGAAGCAUAAAACAAAAGUCCAUUCUGGUGCAGAUAAAACUUUAGAUUCCAGUGUGGAGGAUCAUACUGUGAGUGAGCAAGAUUCCAUACAAAAAAGUCCUUUAUCAGAAACAAUGGAUGUGAAGCCUUCUGAUGUGACUUUACCACUAGCUCUUCCACUUGGGACUGAGGACCACCACAUGCUUCUGCCUGUCACAGAUAAUCAGUCUCCUAUAUCAGAUACGUUGUUGAGGUCAACUGUGAAUGGGUAUUCAGAACCACAGUUGAUUUUUUUACAACAAUUGUACUGACUUUGUGAGGAAUAUGGACUUGCUAAGAUAUCCCUGGUAAUAAACAUAAACAUCUCUGGUGAGGUGCAUAUAUUCAUAUUAAAUUCCCAUUCGUUUGAGUUGUGACUAUUUUUCAUUCACUGAAGUAAAAGCACCUGAUACUGCAUCA